AUGAGCGCGGCUGGGCUUUUAGUAAGAGAGAGAGAGAGAUGAGACGAUGGAUGUCAUCUUUUCGUUUGUCGGCGGAGGAGAGGAGAGCUCGGCGGGAGGUGGCCCUCCCCAAGACCAAGGACACCGUGGCUUCCUCCCCUGUCGUUGUCUUCAGCAGUUCAUACUGCCCCUUGUGUCGACGGGUUAAACAGGUGCUAACGGAGCAGGGGGCGACUUUUAAGGCGAUUGAGCUGGAUGAGGAGAGCGAUGGGUCGGCUAUACACUCGGCGCUGGUGAAGUGGACCGGACAGAGCACAUGUCCCAACGUUUUUAUCGGCGGAAAGCACGUCGGCGGUCACAACUUUGUGAUGUCGAGGCACAGAGAAGGAAAACUGGUACCUCUGCUCGUCGAAGCAGGCGCCGUUGCAGCCCCCGCCCCAGGCCCAGCCUCAGCCCCCGCUGAUUGACUAGUUAGAAUCUGCAUACACAAUUCGCUUGCAUGGUGCAUGCAGUUAGUUAAUUAGGUGCUCUCUAAAUAACAAUAAUAAUAAUAAUAAUAAUAAUAAUAAUAUGUAUGCAGCCCUUGCUUAUGUAACGUAACUAUUUCUCUUUCGACUUUUGAAUAAAUAGUUUGGACCUUAUUAUAAA